AUGGCAGCCAAGGGAGACAAAAUCGAAAAGAUCAUCGCGCGGCUACAGGCCCGCAUCGGCGAGGGCCAGUUCUAUGAGGCCCAGCAACAGACGCGCGUGGUCGCCGCCCGCUACAUCAAGGCCGCCAACUGGCCCGCCGCCACCGACAUCCUCUACAACGUCGCCCAGUCCCUGCUCAAGGCCGGCCAGGGCGGCAGUGGUGGUGACCUCGCCGUCAUGCUCGUCGACGUCUUCCGUCAAGCCGAGCUCAAGCCUGACGCUGCGAGCAAGGGCAAGCUGCUCACGUUGUUGCGCCUCUUCCCCGCCCAGGAGCCUACGAGGAAGAAGUUCAUUGGGGAGAUGAUUGCGUGGUCCGCCAAGUUCGGCGAGUACCCCGCCGGUGACGCCGACCUGCACCACGUCACCGGAUCGCUCUACGCCGAGGAACACGAAGCCUACGAGGCCGAAAGACACCUGGUGCUUGGAACGAAGGACUCGGCCGAGGUUCUCGCCAAGAUGGAAUACGUAUGGUACAAGGAGGACGAUUCGCACACGGCCCCGCUCUACGCCUCCCGUGCCAUCCUGCCCUACCUCCUCGUCGGCAACGUCCGCGCCGCCAACACGUGUUACCGCGUCUUCACCUCCUCCCUCAGCGACGAUAACAAGGGUCUCGGCGUCCAAGACGUCAGCAGCAACAGCGCCGACCUGCGCAUCUUCCCCGGCCUGCCCCUCCUCAACUUCCUUGGCCUGUUAUUGCUGGCGGUUCAGCGCGGCGCCCCCGACGCCUACAAGCAGCUCCUUGCAAAGUACUCGUCCAACAUCGCCGAAGUCGGUGCGUGGAACGAGGCGCUCGAGAUCAUUGCCGAGAUGUACUUUGGCAUCCAGCGCCCGAAGCAGAGCAACCCGCUGAUGGACAUGAUGGGCAGCCUGUUUGGCGGUGCCGGCGCCCCGCAGCAGAGACGUCCCGCGACGAGACGGGUUGAGGCGCCCGCAGCUGAGGGGCUGGAUUAG